CCGUUGUGGCUCAUCACGUUUCUGUUGUCCGGCGCUGAUCACGGGCACCACCCACGUGCUACGGAACCGGUUACGCUUGGGCCCGGCGCAUUUAAUCUGGAACCAUCUGUCCACAAACGCGGUUAUCAUAUCCAGGCACAAUUUCAUCCUGUGCGACGUGGACUCGAGCAAGUCGCACACAGUCCAGCUGCCCGAGACCAUACCGGUGCGCAGCCACCAGCGCGCAGUUCUUUACCUUUGGCCCGUCGGCGUGGCCCACCGCCCUCACGUGUACGUCAUGUAUCACCACAGCAGCAUCAAGCCGGUAAUUGUACAUUUGCGGGGCUCAGACCGAGAUAUCACCGACGUAACCUGGAAGUCGCUGUGCUUUGGCACAGCGCAUUUAAUCUGGGACCACCUGUCCACAAACGCAGUAAACAUAUCCAGGUACGAUUCAAUCCUGUACGACGUGGACUCGAGCAAGUCGCACACAGUCCAGCUGCCCGAGACCAUACCGGUGCGCAGCCACCAGCGCGCAGUCUGUAUCUUCGGCUCGUCGGCGUGGCCCGCCGCCCUCACGAGUACGUCACGUAUCGGCACAGCAGCAUCAAGCCGUUUCAGGUCGGCCCUUGACGAUGCAACACGCUGGAAACCCCAUUUUUUACUCUAGUCGGAUCCCCAAAUCAGCCAUGAAGAGGAACUUGGAACGCCAGCCUACCUCCAGCACUCACAAGUGGUAGUGUAAGCCGACAUAUAACUCACGGAGCACCGACACCGGUACAAGUGUACCUUGUGUGGCGGUUAAGCGGGGAAAUAAAGUACAGGUACCGCAUCGACCGGUCUCAACUGUAAUAACCGCUACCACAAGGUGCACUUGUGUCGGUACAAGUCGCGCCGCAUGAGUACCGGCCGGGCGUAUUACCAAACCGACAGAGCCCCAGUUCAUUUGUUUAUUCAUAAUUAAUUGGUUUAUUUGAAAAUCUUGUAUAUUAAUUAUAUCUAUCCUGUUAUCCAUAAUAUAUUAUACUGUUAUUUUGUUAUAAUAUAUGAGUAUAUUUAUUUUAUUUGUGAAGUACUCGUAUAAGUAAUAAUUUCUUCAAAUCAACACUUCUUCCAAAAUAUAAUAUUACUGAUAAAAUGUUAAAAACAAUUAUUUUGUCAUUUAGGGUGUGCAAUGUGCAUCAAGCAGCUAAAAAUAACGUGAAUAAAAUGAAUUUUAUUAUAGUUAAUAACAAUAUAAUAAUAUCAUCAUAUCAAUCACUUAUUAUAUAUAUAUAAAUAUAUUAAAUUUGAUGUCUAUAAAUAUGUACCUACAAGGAACGUUUCCACGAAUAUCUUUAGCGUGGACUUAUAUGAAGUUCUAUAAAAAUACGUGGUGUUAUUUAUAAACUAUUAUUUAAUUAUUUAAUAUCACGAUUACACAGUUGAGUAUUUGAGUGUUGUACUGCUGUUAUUCAUUAUUUGAUUUUGGUGUCAGCACAGAAUAAAUUUAAUUUUAUUUAUUCUGUGGUGUCAGUCAGCACUCAGCACUCUAUUAGUUAUCCACAUUCCACAUCCAACUCGGGUUCAUCAAAUUUAAAAAAGCAU